UCCUGCGCUGGGAUCACUCGCCGCUCCCGCGUGCCCAGAUCCCGCCGCCUGCCCCCCUAACCCCUACGCCGAAGGACUGCGCGCCCGCCGCCGCCCGCCUCUCGGCGCUCCCAUGAUCGCCCGGUGCCUUUCGGCUGUGCGAGGCCUCCACAGAGUUGGUGGUUCCAGGAUUUUACUCAGGAUGACAUUAGGAAGAGAAGUGAUACCUCUCCUUCAGGCAAUGUCUUCCUGUACUGCUGCAGGCAGAAAUGUUUUAAGAUGGGAUCUUUCACCAGAGCAAAUUAAAACAAGAACUGAGGAGCUCAUUGUGCAGACCAAACAGGUGUAUGAUGCCAUUGGAAUGCUCAGUGUUGAGGAAGUAACUUAUGAAAACUGUUUGCAGGCACUGGCAGAUGUAGAAGUGAAGUAUAUAGUGGAAAGGACCAUGCUAGAUUUUCCUCAGCACGUAUCCUCUGACAAAGAAGUACGGGCAGCAAGUACAGAAGCAGACAAAAGACUUUCUCGUUUUGAUAUUGAGAUGAGCAUGAGAGAAGAUAUAUUUCAAAGAAUUGUUCAUUUACAGGAAACCUGUGAUCUAGAGAAGAUAAAGCCUGAGGCUAAACGAUACUUGGAAAAGUCAGUUAAAAUGGGAAAAAGGAAUGGGCUUCAUCUUCCAGAACAAGUACAGAAUGAAAUUAAAUCAAUGAAGAAAAGAAUGAGUGAGCUAUGUAUUGACUUUAACAAAAACCUCAAUGAGGAUGACACUUUCCUUGUAUUUUCCAAGGCUGAACUUGGUGCUCUUCCUGAUGAUUUCAUUGACAGCUUAGAAAAGACAGAUGAUGACAAAUAUAAAAUUACCUUAAAAUACCCACACUAUUUUCCUGUCAUGAAGAAAUGUUGUGUCCCAGAAACCAGAAGGAAAAUGGAAAUGGCUUUUAAUACAAGGUGCAAAGAGGAAAACACCAUAAUUCUGCAGGAACUGCUCCCUCUGCGGGCCCAAGUGGCCAAACUUCUUGGCUAUAGCACACACGCUGACUUUGUCCUUGAAAUGAACACUGCGAAGAGCACAAGCCACGUAACAGUCUUUCUAGAUGAUUUAAGCCAGAAAUUAAAACCAUUGGGUGAAGCAGAACGAGAGUUUAUUUUGAAUUUGAAGAAAAAGGAAUGUGAAGUGAGAGGUUUUGAAUACGAUGGGAAAAUUAAUGCCUGGGAUCUGUAUUAUUACAUGACUCAGACAGAAGAACUCAAGUACUCCAUAGACCAAGAGUUCCUCAAGGAAUACUUCCCAAUUGAUGUGGUCACUGACGGUUUGCUGAAUAUCUACCAGGAGUUGUUGGGACUUUCAUUCGAGCAAGUGUCAGAUGCUCAUGUUUGGAAUAAGAGUGUUAAACUUUACACUGUGAAGGAUAAAGCUACAGGAGAAGUAUUGGGACAGUUCUACUUGGACCUCUAUCCAAGGGAAGGAAAAUAUAAUCAUGCCGCCUGCUUUGGUCUCCAGCCUGGCUGCCUUCUCCCUGAUGGCAGCCGGAUGAUGUCUGUGGCUGCCCUUGUGGUCAACUUCUCACAGCCAGUAGCAGGCCGUCCCUCUCUCCUGAGGCACGAUGAGGUGAGGACUUACUUCCAUGAAUUUGGUCAUGUUAUGCAUCAGAUUUGUGCACAGACUGAUUUUGCACGAUUUAGCGGAACAAAUGUGGAAACUGACUUUGUAGAAGUACCAUCACAAAUGCUUGAAAAUUGGGUGUGGGACAUUGAUUCCCUCCGAAGAUUAUCAAAACAUUAUAAAGAUGGAAGCCCUAUUGCCGAUAAUCUGCUUGAAAAACUUGUUGCUUCUAGACUGGUCAACACAGGUCUUCUGACCCUACGUCAGAUUGUUUUGAGCAAAGUUGAUCAGUCUCUCCAUACCAAUACAUCGCUGGAUGCUGCAAGUGAAUAUGCCAAAUAUUGCACAGAAAUUUUAGGUGUUGCAGCUACUCCAGGCACAAAUAUGCCAGCUACCUUUGGACAUUUGGCAGGGGGAUAUGAUGGCCAAUAUUAUGGAUAUCUUUGGAGUGAAGUAUUUUCCAUGGACAUGUUUUACAGCUGUUUUAAAAAAGAAGGGAUAAUGAAUCCAGAGGUUGGAAUGAAAUACAGAAACCUAAUCCUGAAACCUGGGGGAUCUCUGGACGGCAUGGACAUGCUCCAGAAUUUCUUGAAACGUGAGCCAAACCAAAAAGCCUUCCUAAUGAGUCGAGGCCUGCAUGCUCCAUAAACUGGGGAUCUUUGGUAGCAGUCCAUGUCUGGAGGACAAGUCAAGUCACCAUGUGUUACUGGCCUGGAAACUGAAGGGAGUUUUACAAAUGACAUUUUUGAUUUCUAUUGACUUCCUAUUGUUUUUUAAUUUUAAAAAUUAUACAGAUGUAAAUUGGAUUAUAAAUACUGUGACCUAAGAAAAGACCCACAAGAAGGUAAUUGUACUAUAAAAUUUCAUAAAAAUGGAUUUGAUUUCUUUUUAUAAAAGUUUCAUAUGAAUGUAAUUUGAUUUUUUACUAUUAUAAUCUACAUAAUAUAAUGUAAGAGGGCUAUGAAUUUUUAAAUUGAAUCAUAUACAUGGUAUAAUUUGAUCCUCCUUAUAUCUUGAUGUUUUGUACUUGGGAUUUCUGAACCGAUAAAUGAAUCAUCACAUUCCUCUGAUAAAUAUUUUCUUGGAGCCCUGUGUCAACUUUGAUCCUCUGUCUCACAGUAAGGUGUGACCUCUCCUUUGCCUGCGUACCUCAAGGCCGGGGGAAUAUGACUCAGUAAUGCAUUUAUCUUUGUAUUUCAGGUCUCAUGAUUCCCAACUUUCUGCCACACUGAAAUUAUGUUCCUCCAUUUGGGUUUGUCUUUUCUGGCUAAAGUCCAGUCAGGGAGUAUCAAAAAAAUUAUGAGUUUUAACUGGAUUGGCCUAAUGUAUAUUGUAAGUUUUUGUAUGUUAUAUUAGAAGAUUUUGUAUCUUAUAUGAGAGAUUCAUUUCUGCUUCAGCAUACAAGAUUGUCAGUCUUUUGGCAUAUUUGCCAGUUAGAACACUAAACCUAGUCCAAGCAUAUUUUUCUAAUCUCAUAUUUCUAUUAAGUGGUAGGGACUUCGCCUCCUUUACUGACCACCUCACCCAAAGUGGCAGGUAGACACAUCACAAAUGGCUGUGUAGAGUACCCAGGCAGAGAGCUGAAGCUGAUGUGGAGCAUAAAGAGCUCAGAAACUCCAGAAGAGGAGUGGGCUCUGGACAGAGCGUCUGAGGACAGCUGCUGCAAAGUGUUAUGUGUGUGCUUAAACUCAACCAUGGAGAAGAGGCUCUUCAGUAGCCUGUUUUGUCUAGUAAUUUUUAUUUCAAGUGAACCUUUGGAUCUCUCUUUAACUCUCUUUAUUGGAGCCUAAAUUCCAGUUCUGCAGCAAACCAAUAAACUCACAGUAUUUAUUUUCCCUCCAGGAGUCUAUUCAGUAAGGAAACCCAGACAGGACAAUAAAAUUUUUUUAAAAACCAAAACUUUGCAUGUACGCUGCAAAGGUCUUCCAGUUGUUUCACUUUGCAUACCUGAGAUGUGACUUUGCUGGUCAGGGACAAAAUUGGAACCUUUCUGUUCUCUAGUCCAAGUGAUCUUUGAGCUAAUUUAAAAAAUUAUUAUGCUACAUAACAAAAUUACAGGCACCAGGGAAAAUCAAGAGCUAUAGUGACACAGAAGGAAAUACUAAGAUUAUAAUUGUUAAGCCAAUACCCUAAACAUCUACAUGAAAUCUACCCUCCCUUCUAAGACAAUUUACCCAGCCCUUCUCUCUCCCACACAUUUGUAGUCACGUCAUCUGGUCCCCAAAGCUGUUUUGUGAUCUUAAUAAUCUAUGAUAGUUUUUUUAUAUCUUUUCUUCCCUCGGACUCUUCUAUUUUCUAGUUUCAGACAAAAAACUCUCUUCAGCUUUUCCUGUUGCCCAGAGUGUCUCCUUAACAAUAACUUUACCAUUUUAAAUCUUAUUUCACAUGGAGAACUAAUAAUUGGUGUGGAAAAGGCUGCACACAAUAAAGUGAUGUUAUUAUCCACAA